CUAAGCCAGCGGGUUGUCUUGGAGGUGCUAGGGCAGGAACACCUACCCUGCCAUGCUGCGCUGUCUGCUCUCCAGGCUGCCAGUCAGGAUGUCGAGCAGGACUUCAGAAAAUCAGUCAAGGAGGGACAGCUCUCAGACCCCUUCCCAGUGUCUUAUCCAUAGACUUGACCACAUCGUGAUGACAGUGAAGAGCAUCAAAGAUACCACUAUGUUCUAUUCCAAGAUCCUGGGUAUGGAGGUCAUCACUUUCAAGGGAGACCGAAAAGCAUUGUGCUUUGGAGACCAAAAAUUUAACCUCCAUGAGGUGGGAAAGGAAUUUGAACCCAAAGCUGCUCAUCCUGUUCCAGGCUCCCUGGACUUAUGUCUGAUCACAGAGGUGCCUUUGGAGGAGAUGAUCCAGCAUCUAAAGGCUUGUGAUGUCCCCAUUGAGGAGGGGCCAGUUCCCAGAACAGGAGCAAAGGGGCCUAUUAUGUCUGUCUACUUCCGAGACCCAGACAGAAAUCUAAUUGAGGUGUCCAACUAUGUCUCCUUGUGAUUGAUACUGGUCCUCAGCCAUUUUGUUUCCCUCCAUGUUACCUUCUCCCUUCCUUCCCAAAAAUCCUUGCCCAGGCCCAGAGACCUUCAUGGACUGAGGACUUCAGCAGUUCACACAUCCUGUUGAGGGCAUGUGAGACAGGUGUGGGACCAAACCUACAUAUCUGGAUGAUCUUCAUUCAAGCUGUGCCAAAAAAAAA